AUGCCUGCCUACGAGUACUGCUGCCAGUGUGGAGGCAUGAUUGUCAUCAGCACCACCUGCACCGCCUACAUGACGACUUUUAACGAUGGCGCAUCUCCUUCUUCUCUCUACAAUGACCCGGUCGUCACAUUCACCUUUCACUUCUCCGACUUGAUCGAUACCCUUUCUCGACGUUUCAGUGUCAGCAACGCUGGUCUCUUCUCAGGUCUAUGUUAA